AUGAACGGAACAAAAUAUCCUACAAAUGGCACCUGUCAAAGAAAAGAAGAUAAGGAAAAUUACGGCAAAAGAAGAAGUGAAAUUGUUAACCUAGAUAUUAGUAAUCAAAACCUAGAAGAUGGUAAAGGUAGACCAAUGCCUAGAGUACUCAAUUUUUCUUAUAACAAUUAUGAACAAAUUAUUCUCAAAGACUUUUUUGGUCUUGCUCACCUGAUUGUCAAUAACAACCAACUUAAAGAAUUGAGUUUACGAGGAACCAAAAACUUGCAAGAGUUAAAUUGUUCCAACAAUUUUCUUCUUACGAAUUUGACUUUAGAUUACUCCGCUACGGAUGCUACUUUUACCACUACUAAAACAGCCACAUCGACAGAGAUUGUUUGUAUAAAUAAUGAUUCCGCCUUUCUUGGCAGCACCAUUGGCCUCGGAGUUUAUUCAGGAAUAAGCACUUUGGACCAAAAUUAUCCAAAUAAGGAAGAAGUUAAGGAAAUUAAGUGGAGAGAAAAAGAAAAAAAACUCACAGUCGCACUAAUUAUUACCGAUUUUCCCCAGUUAGAGAAAAUAAAUGCAAGAGAAAACAAAUUAACCCAACUCCACCUAAAAAAUUGCCCGCAAUUAACUUAUUUAAAUUGUCAAUACAAUAAUCUUACUGAAUUAACUAUUACCAAUUGCCCUAAUUUACAGGAAAUAUAUGCUUACGGUAAUCAAUUAACCAAUCUUAAUUUAAGUAAUAAUCAGCAAUUAGAAGCAUUACAAAUUAGCAAUAAUAACUUUUCCUCCGAUUUAUCUUUUUUAAGCCAUUUAGUAAAUUCGAAAGGACUUUAUUUAGGUAACAAUAAAUUCACUGGCUCCCUGGAACCUUUACGGAAUUUGCAGAAGUUAGAAGGAUUGUAUAUUAAUAAUACUGACCUUAGCCAAGGUUUAGAAUUUUUACCCGAUAGUAUUAAAGAUUUUCGUUGUCAAGGAACCAAAUUUGAAAAAGAGUUAAAAGAUUUUGAUCAACAAAGAGUUCUUUCGGGAAGUUCGCAAACAGAGGAUGCAGAUAAAGAUUGUGUGAUUUUUUAUGAAGAAGAAAAAACUCUCCACGAAUUAAUUUCCGAAAAACAUCGAGAGAAUAUUCCUAAUGAGUUAAGCGAACAGUAUAACGACCUUUGUCAGAAAAUAAAACAACUUCUACAAGACAAUCAAAAAAAAAUAAUAACUUUAAACAAAACCCAAGACCUCGGGCAAUUAAUUACCCAAGAAGUUAUUAACAAAAUGACAGAAAUGGUUGAAGAAAGCGACAAAAUAUUUUCUGUUACUGAAAAACCCAUUUUAGAAAAUAAAAUAGGCGAAGGAGGAUAUGGGGAAGUUUAUCGAGGUAAACACGAAGCAAGGGAUGUAGCCAUUAAGAAACUACUUUUAAAUGACAAUGACAAAAAACAAGAAAUUAGGAAUGAAAUUAAUAUUCUUAAAAGAUUAAAAGACCGAAAUAUCAUUCAAUAUUACGGAGUUUAUUACGAAGGCCGAGAAAUUCUAAUUAUUAUGGAUUAUGCCGAAAAUGGAACUUUAACUAGACAAAUAACAAAAGGACUAAUUUAUAUUCACGGCAAAAAUAUUAUUCACCGCGAUUUAAAAAGUUUGAAUGUAUUGAUGACGACCGGCAAUCAAGCCAAAAUAUCGGACUUCGGAUUAUCCAUCAAGAAUAUUAGUUCUUUACAAUCUGAUAGCAUAGUAGGCAAAAUAGCGGCCAAAUGCACUACACCUUUUGAAAAAUCUGAUGAUAACUCAAUAGUGUUUGAAAUUGCUUUUAACAACAUAAAAGAAAUAAUACCAGCCGAUACUCCAAAAAAUAUUCAAGAUAUUAUUAAAGGAUAUGUUGAUGAAAGUAAUGAUAACAUUUUUGAACAAUCACAAAAUCAAACAAUUGACAAUCAAACUUCCAUUUGCGAUAUAGAGUUGGGCGAGAAUGAUUUUACUAAUCAAGAACAAACUUCUCUCCAAAUUCAAAAAGCAACUUUGAUA